CCCUCUCUCCUCCCUCUUUCUCUCUUAGCCUCUUGCGUAGAAGGACGCAGUAGCUGGUACAGCAGCCUCUCUGCUCAAACCGUCAUUUACUAUAGUUAUUUCUCUAUUUAGGCUUUUUAGCCUACUCUAACUUCCUCUGCAUCGUUGAGCUGCUCAGAUCACAAUGAACGGGCCAGUGGACGGAUUGUAUGACGCUGAGCACUAUGGGUCAUUCAUGUUUACCUCUGAGUCUGUGGGAGAAGGACACCCAGAUAAGAUAUGUGACCAGAUCAGUGACGCUGUGCUGGAUGCUCACCUGAAGCAGGAUCCAGAUGCCAAGGUGGCCUGUGAGACUGUGUGUAAGACCGGCAUGGUGCUACUCUGCGGGGAGAUUACAUCUCGGGCCAACGUGGACUACCAGACGAUUGUGAGGGAUACCAUCAGGCAAAUCGGCUAUGACAACUCAGAUAAAGGUUUUGACUAUAAGACCUGUAACGUGCUGGUGGCUCUGGAGCAGCAGUCCCCUGACAUCGCCCAGGGAGUUCACAUUGACCGGAUGGAGAGUGACAUUGGAGCAGGAGACCAGGGUCUGAUGUUUGGCUAUGCCACUGAUGAGACUGAGGAGUGCAUGCCUCUCACCAUCGUCCUCGCCCACAAACUCAAUGCCAAGAUGGCUGAAUUGAGGCGGAACGGCACUGUCCCCUGGCUCCGCCCUGACUCUAAGACACAGGUGACAGUUCACUACACCCAGGAGAACGGGGCGGUAAUCCCUCGCAGAGUUCACACAGUGGUCAUCUCAGUGCAACACGACGACUAUGUGAGCCUGGAAGAACAGAAGGAGAUACUGAAGGAGAAGGUCAUCAAGGCCGUUGUACCGGCCAGGUACCUGGACGACAACACCAUCUAUCACCUGCAGCCCAGCGGACGCUUUGUGAUUGGUGGGCCCCAGGGUGAUGCUGGGGUAACCGGUAGAAAGAUCAUUGUGGACACAUAUGGUGGCUGGGGUGCCCACGGUGGCGGGGCCUUCUCUGGUAAGGACUACACCAAGGUGGACCGGUCUGCCGCCUACGCCGCACGCUGGGUCGCCAAGUCCCUGGUCAAGUCCAAUCUGUGCAGGAGGGUGCUGGUGCAGGUGUCCUAUGCCAUUGGAGUGGCAGCACCAUUGUCUAUUUCCCUGUUCACCUAUGGGUCCUCCCAGAAGAGUGAGAAGGAGCUGCUGCAUAUUGUCAACAAGAACUUUGACCUCCGGCCUGGGGUCAUUGUCAGAGACCUGGACCUGAAAAGGCCCAUCUAUCAGAAGACGGCCUGCUACGGCCACUUUGGCAGGAAGGAGUUUCCCUGGGAGGUGGCCAAGAACCUCAACUUCUAGUGUGUGGUGCGGUAGGCAACGGUGACAUGGGCAGCUGUCUAUGUUGACCAGUACGCGACAGCCAUGCUGGCAGCUGUUAGGGGUACAGGGGA